CAUAGCUUGGUAGUUAGUGGGUAGUUAAUAAGUGCUUAUGGAGCACUUCUAUGACCAUUUGCCUUCCUGGAAACUGUUGUGGCAGAGUCAUUUCUUUUUCUUUUUCAAAAAAAAUCUUUACUUUCUGUCUUAGUAACAAUUCAAAGAUAGAUGGGCAAGGGAUAACAAAUAGGGUUAAGUGACUUGUCCAUGGUCAUCCAGCUAAGAGGUGUCUGAGGUAAAAUGUGAAACCAGGUCUUCCCAGCCUCCAGCCUGGAAUCACUCCACUGUGCCAUCUAGCUGCCCUGAAGAGCCAUUUUAUCUCUGUCCCUAUUCUCUAUUUUCUAGCCUGUCCUUGACUGAUGCCAGUGAUCAUUAGCCCAUCAUUCUUGGUAACAUUGUCUAGUGACAUGUCUCAUCUUUACCCCCAAAACCCCAACAAACUCAGCCAGAGCAUGUUACCCAGAAUGACAGCAAUAAUUGGGACCCCUGGGCAGAAAUUUCCAGCAUUUGUCUGUAAAACCCCCAAAUCCAGGUGAGAAGCUGAUGGGAAUAGGAGAGAGGACAGAAAUCCUCAAGAGGAUUCAAGGUGUAUGAGAGGAAAUAGCAAAAAUCCUCUGCUCAAAGCAAGAGAAUGGAUUUGAUGGUGUCUGUCAGGUAUAUGUGAUAAAGUUACAAAGAUAAUAACGACAAUAGUGGUGAUAAGAACCCUGUAGUAAAGCCCAACCCCAAGGCCUUUUUAUUAUGCUGGAAGGGCUCCCUCUUUUUUAAAAUGCAUACAAUCUGUCUUAGUAUCAUUUUAAAAAAAAUCUUGGACCUUUCAUCUUAGAAUCAAAACUAUGCAUUGGUUUCAAGGCAGAAAAGCAGUAAGGGCUAGACAAUAGGGGUUAAAUGACUUGCCCAAGGUUACACAGCUAGUAACUGUCUGAGGUCACAUUUGAACCCAGGUCCUCCAGACUCCUAGCAUUCUGUAGUCUGUGCUACCCCUCAAGAGCUCUUAAAUACAAUCAAAUUCAGUGUUUUCCACAUCAUUCCUGUUCUGUUCCAAUCUCUUUUGUGCAACAGUAUUUUUGGGUGGUCUCUAAAGUUGUUAAUACUUUUGAAUCUUGUGUCUUUUAAAAUAAAACAGUGUAUCUAUAUUUUAUUUCUGCUUAGUUACAUUUGACAAAAUAAAUUUUAAACUGGUGAGAAAGUUUCAAGUGAGAAACCAUGGCUAGAUACAUGAAGAGAGUGAGCAUAUCAGAGUGGAAGGAGCGUGAGCCUAGGAGUCUGGAAGUGCUACCUCUGAGGAAAGCUAGUUAGAUGACAAUCUUGAAGUCCCUUAACCUCUCAGUGGCCCCAGGCAACUGUCGAAGACUAAGUUACUGAGAAGUUGUUGAUUUGCAUGGGUGGAGAAGAUAUUUCUUACAUGCAUGAAACCACAGCAGGCCUAGACCAAAACAAAACAUGUGGGGAAGAAACUUGCUGACAUAGUGAGCUGAAAGCCAAUUGCAUUUGAUACCUUUGGUUACUAAUACUUGGACUUUUUACAAGUUUAGUGUUCAGGAUAACACAGCGUCCCUAUUAUAUGAAUGGACAAGGAAACAACUGAUAGAAAGGAGACUCACCUAAUCCUUAUAAAAAUCUUUUUUAUAUUAACUACCCUGCCCAUAAUUCCCCAUCCAAUUAAAUGUUCUUUCCUUAACAUUAUGGAAUUCUGGUAGUUCUUCCUUUCUUUCUGUCUGCCUGUCUGUCUUUCCCUCAAAUGCAUAUAAAAACCAUUUUCAACAUUUUUCUUUUGAGUUCCAAAUUCUUUCUUUCCUUUCCACGUUCUUCCUUCUAGGAUAACUUUCUAAAUGUCCAGGUCUAAGCUAUUUGAAUAGAUUGCAAGGCUUGGAAAUGAACAUCCCAUGACAUUUUUUUGCAUCUAGUUUUUGUACACAGCAACAGUAAACAGUGGAGGUAUAUAGAUCAAUCACUGGGUAAUAGCUAUUUUGAAAAAAACUCAGAUCAUCAUGACAACUUCUAGUGAGCUGAAGUUUUCAAUUCAAUUCAAUUCAAUAGACAUAUUCUUGGCACCUAGAAAAGGCCCAGUGUGGUGCCCUACUCACAAGGAGUUUAUAAUCUAAUCAAGGGAAUGGCAAAUACAUUAAUUCAAAGGAAAAGGGGAUAAAAGUACAAAGCUGAGGCCCAGGUAAAAUGCUAUGAGAAAUAUGAGGAGGGAAGAUCACUUUCACCUGGAGACUGAGCAGUUAGGGAAGGCUUCAAGGAGAAAGUGACCUUCAGUAAAAUAGAUUAGUUAACACCUAGGCAACUGAACUUAGAUAUUAUUUCAUUAAACCCGAGACAUGACUACCAGAAUAUGGUCUUCUAUUUGAUAAAAUCUGAUGGAAAAACUAGAGUAGUCUGGUAGAAAUUAGGUUUGGAUUAUGCUAUAUACCACACUAAAUUCCAAAUAGAUAUGUGACCCAGAUAUAACUAAAAAGGAUCUAAAAGGGGGCAGUUAGGUGGAUAGAAAGCCAUGCUCAGAGAUGGGAGAUCCUGAGUUCAAAUGUGACUUUAGAUAUUUCCUAGUUUGUGUGACUAUGGAGAAGUCACUUAUCCCCACUGCUUAGCCCAGUGAUGGUAAGCCUUAUCGAGAUGGAGUGCUGGGCCCCAUUCCUACCCCCCUCCCCAGACCAAGUGCCAUACCCUGUCCCCCUUUACCCCAGACAGUGGAGGGAGGAAGCACUCCCAUUGGCUGCUGGGCAGAGGGACAGGGGAAGUGAGGAAUGUCUUUUGGUGCAUGGAGGUGGGAGGGGAACAGCUCCACCUCAGUCCCUCUGGCUUUCUAGUAAUGGGCUCAGGUGGACACAUGUAGGCAUGCUGUAGGCCCUUUUUGGCAUGCAUGUCAUAAGUUUACCAUCAGAGCCCUAGCCCAUACUGCUCCCCUAUCUUGGAACCAAUACACAGCAUUGAUUCUAAGACAGAAGGUAAGGGUUUAAAAAUAAAAAAGAAUGACUAACUCAAAGAAAGAACUUGGAAAGGAAUAAAAUGUGUCUAACCUGGGGUCAUUUCUCCAAAUGGAGGCUCUAGAAAGAGUUUUUUUUCCAUAAAUGGGAUAAAAGUACCACAGGAAUGGAAGUAUGAACUAGGGUGAGAAGGCUGGAGGUGCUGAGGUAAAUUCCAGGGUGAGAUGGCAUCUGAGGCAUCAGGAUGCUAAAGUCUAGAGAGUCAGAAGCAGAGCUGGCAGGAGAAUGAAUGGAUGUAGUAUCUGAUCAUAUCACUGGAAGAGGUUGGUCACCAAGCAAUGGAUUUUUGUUUUUUUGUUUUUUUUGUCCACAAUUCAUGAUGCAAUCUAAUAGAUUGGGGGGAGGUGUUUCAAUUGGCAGCAGAGGGAGGAGUAAGCACUAUGAUGACAUUAUAGUUCUUUCAAAAUAUCAAAGUAAUAAUAAUGCCUUAUGCUUGUAAAGGGAUUUAUAGUUUACAGAACACUUUGACAUAUCUUAUAUCAUGGUAUGAAGGGAAAAUGGUUUAGUCAGAGGAUCUGGGUUCAGAUUCUGGCUCUCCCACUUACUAUCUAUAUAAUCUUGGACAAAUCACUUGCCCAAGCACCCAGUUUCCUUAUCUUUAAAAUGAGAAAAUAAUCCCAGAUGACCUCAAAGUUUCUUGCAGUUCUAAAUCUGUGAUCCUAUACUCUCACAUAUAAGUGUUCUGAAAAUUUCACUGCAAGUAGAACUGGAAAGUAGAACUUUGAGAUCAGGGUGGUUUAAUUCUCUCAUUUUCUAGAUGAAGAAAUUGAGGCUGAGGGAAUGAAUGUGCCCCAAAUCCCCCAGCUAGCUACUGGUAGUGCCAGGAUAGAGCCUUAAAUAUUUUAAGUGCUGUUAGAACACAUUUCAGGGACUUCCCAGAACAAGAUCAGGCUGUCUUUGCCCACUAAUGUGUAUUUGAGCUACCUGACUUCCUAUAAAAAGAAUAUGACAUCAUCAUGGGUAGGUCUAAGUUAUUAAGUGAUCUAGUGAUUUUGACUAAAAGAACUGGGAUUCCAGAAUGGACAUGUAGGCUUAAGACAGAAGUUGGAAAGGAAAUGGAUGAACAGAAUUGCAGGGAAUGAAACCCAGAAUGAACCGAUUCAGUUGGGAAACUGAAAAGAUUUUUCCUGGAGGGCAGAGUCCAUUUGACAUUUUAACUGAGUUGGUGUUCAGGUGGGGUCAGUAACAUAACCUGUCCUCCAUUAGAACCCUUCUCUGAUGCUCCAUUGUGGCACGGAGAUGCCCAUGAGUUCUCAAAGGUGAUACUAAAGGAAUAUAAAUGUUGCCAGAUCCUACCAAGGUGGAAGUUGUUUGAGUAAGGGCCUGAUGAGAUCUCUCUGACUACCAGCCUAGCUAAAUUCAUAGAAGUUCAUCACCAGGUUAGCCGUGGGCUAUUUGCCUCCAUUUCCUUAUCUGUCAAAUGAGCUAGGAAAGGAAAUGGUAAAUGACUAUAGAAUCUUGGAUAUGAAAACCCCAAAUGGGGAUACAGAGUCAGAAACAAGCAUUUUGGUCACAGCAACUCUCAAAGACAGCAGUGACUACUUAGAGUGAUGAAGUGAUCAUCAUUGUGCAGUGAUCACAAAGACAAAACAGUUCCUCACCUCUUGGAGCUUACAUUCUGUCUGUUUGUUAAGUCUUGGAGCAUUCAUGAUCAGUGUUGGUGGAGGGAGUUCCUCACUAAUGAAAUCUUAGAAUCUAGGACCUAGAUGCUAACAAUGUUGAAAAAUUUCAAUCUUGGAAUUAUGAAGCUGAGGAGUAGGGGUGACCCAGGGUUCCAUUAGGAAAGAUAACUACUCUUUGAGGUUGAGAAACAGGAGCUCGACCCUGAGGUAGGUUAGCACAGUAGUCAACAAACUCAGGUUUUGGUGUUAGUGAAAGAACCUUCAGAUGGCAAAGAAUGACAGCAGUGACUAUAUUAAGGAGCUGUUUGUUGUUAUGGGACAACACUUUUGUAUAGUCAACUGUGUCUCAAUUAUCUAUAGUUUAUACUCUAGAACUCUUUCCACUGCAAUAAGCUUAGUUGUGUGAAGAUAGAAUUAACUCUCUCCUUGUCUAUUUUUAGCUAAUCAAAUCAAGAACUUAAAGUACCCCUACUUAGCAUUAAGUACUGAGAGUUCUCAAGUUACUUACUGGAGUAAUAAGUUCAUACCUCCAAAGGCUUCAAUCCCCACUCCCUUGGGCAGUGCUAGGCAAAUUGAAAGACUGCCAUUGGUUUUUGUGAAGAAGGGGGAAUGACAGGAAGUGAUAUGGAAAAUAGGAGCCUAAAAGGAAGAGACCAGCAUGGUCCAGAGGCAUUCCCUCCCUGGUGUUUGAAGAGAUUGGUUCCGAAGAUUCAUUCCUUUCUUGGCUUUUGGAGAAAUUGGUUCCAGAGAUUCCUGCUUUGGCUUUGGAGGAGGCUGCAUUGGUGGGACUCUGGCUGAAGAUACUACCAGGACUUCUGGCUGAGGAUUACCAGGAAAUCCACAUGGAGACAGAGACUUGGGGAAGCCCUGCUAGGGGUGAGCCUGGCUUCUUAGGAGAAGGGCUGGUAGGCUUAUUAGAAUCUGUCUCUUUAUCUACAUUUUUCCACUUUCACUCUUUCCACCUCUUUGUAAAUAAAGCUGCUAAAAGUCAUUUUGACUUAAGCUGUAAUAUUUUUAAAUUGGUGACCACAGUAUUACUUUAGGGUUUUAUGCUAAUAUGGAAGUUCUAAAUUUAACUCUUAUAGUUGCAUAUGACUGUAUAUAGAAAAUAAAUGACAUAUUCAUGCCUAUAGUAAGCUUCUGGUUGAGUUGUAAUAUGAUAGAUACAGUACUGGGGCUGGCGUUAGCCUGGGUUUGAGCCUUGGCAGUGCUACUUACUAUUUGUGUGACCUUAAGCAAAAUCCAUAUAGACCACUCUGAACCUCAGUUUCCUCCCAUAAACUGAAAGCAUUGGACUUAAGAGACUCUUAAGGUCCCCUAAAUUCUAGAAUUCAUAUAGAUUUAUAUAUAUCAUAUAUGCACACAGACGCACAUAUAUAUUGACAUACAUGCACAUAUACACACAUAUCUAUAUUCAUAGAGAUUUCCUAGAGAAUGGUAUGUUAUUCUGGACAAGGUCAUCAUGCCAACCUUUUAUUUUAUUUAUUUAUAAACCCUUACCUUCGGUCUUAGAAAUGCUAGUCAAUUGGGGUCAAAUGACUUGCCCAGGGUCACACAGCUAGGAAGUGUCUGAGGCCAGGAUUGAACCUAGAACCUCCUGGCUCUGGGCCUAGCUCUCUAUCCACUGAGGUACCUAUCUACCCCUUGUGCUAGCCUUUAAAAUUUUUCAUUUCUGCUGCUUGUACUAAAAGUCACCUCUGCCCGGAAUUUUAAAGAACACCAUUUAUUUCCUACAUACAGUCAUAUACAACUAAGCUUACUGCAAUGGAAAGAGCUCUAGAGCAUAAACUGUAGUCAGUUGGCACAGUUGACAGAAGUACAUUCACACAAAAUUCACAUUUACUGCCUUACUUUGCUGAUUUCCUUCAAGUCUUUUUUUUUUAAACCCUUUCCUUCCACCUUAGAAUCAAUACUGUGUAUUGGUUCCAAGGCAGAAGAGUGAUAAGGGCUAGGCAAUGGGGUUCAAGUGACUUGCCCAGGGUCACACAGCUAGGAAAUAUCUGAGGUCAGAUUUGAACCUAGGACCUCCAGUUUCUAGGCCUGACUCUCAAUCCACUGAGCCACUCAGCUGCCCCUUCCUUCAAGUCUUAACUGAAAUCCUACUCUCCACCAUAAGUCUUUUAUGGUCAUCCUUGAUGCUAAUCCCUCUGAGAUUACAUCCAGUUUAUCCUAUAUGACUUUUUUGUAUAUAGAUGUUUUGUGUGUGUGUGUGUGUGUGUGUGUGUGGUCUUAGAUGUACGCUCCUUGAGGGCAGGGGAUGUUUUUGCUUUUUUUUUUUUUGGUAUCCCCUUAGCUUAGGGGAUACCCAAAGUUUAGCACUGUGCUUAGCACAAAGUAGGUGCUUAGUAAGUGUUCAUGAAUUUGACCUGAUUUGAAUGUAAGAGCUUCCGAAAUGCCUAUUCCAGAAACAAACUUUCAUUUUAGGCUUCAGUAACUCUGCAAUGUCAAUCUGCCCCAAACUUGAUUUCUGGGACUUUCCCCAACUCAAGAGCAAAGGGUGGGGAAGAAAGCUUCCUUUUAACUUCUUGACCCCUUCUUUCUGUCCCAUUGAUGUGGUUGAAAAAAACAGUGGACUAGGAAUCAGCAUUCUUGAGUUCAAGUCUUGUUUCUAUUAAACCCUGGACAAAUAAAUACUUUCACCAUUUUGAAUUAUAGUUUUCUCAUCUGUAAAAUGAAGGGUUGAACUAAAUAUCACUGAGUUUCUUUCAAGCUUUGACAUUCUACAUGCAACUUACAUUUCAAAUGAUCUGUUAAAGCAGGGACCUAUGUUCACCGUGGGGACAUUUUUCAGUAAUUUUUAUAUCAUGCUCCCACCCUGUUUUUUUCCCCUGGGAGCAUCAGAAUUUGACUGUUUCCCUAGAAGGAACCUUAGCUUCUAUGUAAGUAUUCAGUACAACAAAUUAUUAAAUAUAAAAUAGAUGUUAUUCAAUCCAACAGAAAACACAAAACACUCUUGUCUGAGCCUAUUGGUCAUUAAGGCAACUCUCUCCUUUGGUCAACUUUCACUUCAGGACUCUAGGGAUCUAUGCUGUUGACAGAUAGUACCACCUGGGUUGAGGAUAUCAAUGCAGGAAGAAUUUAGGAUUGUUAGGAAGUCAAGAAACUUUCCUCUCAUGAACUCUCCCUUAGGGAUCUACACAAUCAUUCCAGAUUUAUAGUGCCAUACUAGGAGUCCUUCUGGUAAGUCUCAGUUUCCCUUAGAACUUACAGAAUAUACAACUCACAAUAAUAGUGAAGAAAGAAAUCCAGGUAGCACCUUUCUGCACACUGUGGCUCCCUAUUCUGUUGCUUCUUUUAAUCCCUUUUAACUAUCAGCUACUUCUCUCCUGGUAAGUCCAUUUGGAUGUACUGGCUUCCUCUAGGGCCAUGAUGGCAAACUUAUGACACGCAUGUCAAAGAUGGCACUCAGAAGACCAUUCUGUGGGCACAUGUCAUUACCUGACAGAGUUAGUUGCUAGAAAGGCAGAGGGACUCAGGUGGAGCUACUUCCUUCCCCCUCUCCACUGUGCCUCCCCAGCCUUCUGCCCAGCAACCCAAUGGAAGUACUUACUCCCUCCCCUGAGCUGAGUGCCUGGGCUGCUCCAUCUCUUUCUCCCUCCCCUGUCUGGGGUAAGGGGGGGAAGGGGUGCGACAGCACUCGGUCUCUGGGAGGUGGGGUGCAGCAUGUAGUCUGGAGGGGCAGGGCAUGGCAUGCAGUCUCUCAAAUAUUCCCUAUCAUUGCUGUAGGGUUUUCUGUGUCUUUUCACCUUCUCAUAGAUCUGUUUUGUUUUGUUCUUGUUUUUUUUACCUUAAUUAGUCAGUAAUUCCAUUGCAUAUGGCUCCCUGAAGGAAUAAUAUGAAUGUGCCAGACUCUCUGUAAGGAACCAAGUUUGUGGGGGUAGCCACUCAGCUAUGAGUCUAACUUAUCUAAAGGCUAACUAGGGCAUAUGAACUCAUCUAGGAAUGUAAAUGAAAGGGACUAUUUCUUCUAGAAUGUCUUAGAGGACAAGAAAACUGCUUAGUUUUACAUACCCCCUAGACUUUGGGGAAACAAAUUUCAGUGGGUUUAUAGGAAAGAUAGAUAGGACCUGUGGUCUAAAAUUCAUCAGAGUAAACCCAAGAGGGAUGUUUGUGUGAAUGUAAUAAAAUACUGUUUUCCUCUAAGGAUGAAAAAAGUAAAGGUGUUAGAGAUGUAGAAAGACUUAUAGGCACUGAUGCAGAAUCAAGUGAGUAGAAUCAGAAGUACAAUUUAUACUCCAACAUCACUACUAUAAAAAUGAAUGAUUCUGAUGAACUCUAAUCAAUGCAAGGAACAUCCAUGAUUCCAGAGAAGUGAUGUCAGAGAACACUGCCUAUUUCACAACAGAGAAAUGAUGGACCAGUAUGCAGAAUCAGGAACACAUUUUUGAACAUGGCCAAUAUGAAAAUUGUUUCUUCUUGACUAUGCUUGAAUGAAGAAUUCUGUAUUUUUUGCUCAUUCUUUACUCCCCCCCCCCCCCGCCCCAGUGGAUACAGGAACAUAGGAGGAACAAGAAAAAUACUUGAUAGUUUUUUAAAAUACCUACAAAAGGAAAUGAUAUCAAUGGGUUAGAAAAAUGGGAAUUGUCUAAAGGGACUAACACAUGGACAAGGACUUCAAUAACCAAUGUUAUCUAAAAUCAUAUGUACAGAAAAUGGAAACAAAGACAGGCAACAGAGGAUACAUUAAAGAUAUGGUCAUAUAAAAAUUAUGUCAGGAAUGCUAAACUUCUGAACUGAGGGAAAGGAAUUUAAAAACAAUAAAAAAGAUAUGUUUUUGACAACUUGGAAGAAAAGAGAGGAUCAAAGAAGGGAUAGGACCAUGGCUUGGGACAGAUAGGAUGAUGACCCCUGAUAGAGGGAAAAGGAAAAGUGACUCCAGUCUUCUUUUGUUUUUGUUUUCUCUGCCAAGGAGAAUGACUUUUAGGCUGGAAAUGAGAGAGCAUAAAUGAAUGACAGAAAGUUGAUACCCAAGACAGAUAAGGAGAUAGUAAGAGAGCAUCUAGUUGCCUUUGAUGAAUUCAGGUCACUUGACCCAGAUGAAUUACAUUCAGGGAUAUUGAAAGAAGCUGAGGAUGCUAUUGCUGAGCCAUUGUCAGUAAUAUUGAAAAACUUUAUCAAGAAUAGAUCAUACCAGAUUAAUCUUAUUUCCAUUUUUGUCAGGGUUACUAAACUGGUAAAUCAGGAGAAUGUAGAUGUAGUCCACCUAGAUUUUUGUGAGUAUCUCCUCUUCUCAUGAAAAAGAUGGGGAGAUAUGGAUUACAAAAUAACACAAUUAGGUGGAUUUAGGAUUUGGCUACAGGGCAAUACUCAAAGAGUAGUUGUUAAUGAGAGUUGUUAAGAGGCUAGAUAGUUCAGUGGAUAGAGAACUGACCAAAGUCAAGAAAAACUAAAUUUGGGGCAGUGAGGUGGCUCAGUGGAUAGACUUUCAGGCAUGAAGUUGUAAGGACCUGGAUUCAAAUUUGGGUUUAGAUACUUCCUAGCUGUGUGACCCUGGGUAAGUCACUUAACCCUGUUUGCCUUCUUGCCCUUCUGCCCUAGAAUUGUUACUAGGACAGAAAAUAAGGAGAAACAAACAAAAAAAAAAGAACUAAAUUCAAAUCCUGAGGCCUUAGAUACCUCCUAGGUAUGUGACCCUGGCAAGUCACUUAGUUUCUAUCUGCCUCAGUUUCCUCAUCUGUACAAUGGGAAUUUAUAAUAGCACCUACCUCCCAUAGUUGUAAGGAUCAAAUGAGAUGAUAAUUUGUAAAGCAGCUGGCAUACAGUAAAUGCUUAAUUUAAUGUGCUUGCUUGCUUAGCAGUUCAAUAUCAGUGUAGCAAGAAGUCUCCUGUGGCGUUUCCAGGGACCUUUAAGGUUUCACAUUUUUGCCACUGACUUUGACAAAGGCAUAGAUUGCAUGCUCAUCACUUUUGCAGGACAGAAAACUUAGAGGGAUGGCUUUAUACACUGGAAUAAUAGAAUUAGGAUCCCAAAAGAUCUUGACAGGUUAGGCUGAAUAUAAUAAGAUGAAUUUCGGUAGGAAUAGAUAUAAAAUCUUAGAAUGGAGUUCAACAAAUUAGUUUCACAAAGGCAAGAUGGGAGGGAGCAUAGUUAGACUGCAGUUUGUGUGGAAAAGAUAAUGGGUUUUUUAGUGGCCUAGAGGCUUCAUAUGAAUCAACAUUUUGAUGUGGCAGCCAGAAAAGUUAAGUUGACCUUGGGAUGCAUUGAAAGAGCCAUGGCUUCCAGUUGUAAGUUAUUCUGCCCUAGUUAGGCUAUCUCUUGGGUAUUGGGUUCAGUUCUGUGUAACACCACUGGUAUUGGAGAUCGGUAAACCAAACAGUGUCCAGAAGGGGGCACCCAGGAUGACGAAGGUACUGGAGUUCAUACCAUAAGAAGGUAAGUUGAAGGAACUGGGAAUAUUCUCUAGGCCCAGCUCUCAAUCCACUGAACUACCCAGCUGCCCGUUUUACUGGAGAUUUUUUAACUGACUGGGUGACCACUUGCCAUGUUUUUUAGAGGGGAGAUUUCUUUCAGAAACUGGCAGAACUGUAUGGCUGCUGAAGUAUCUUCUGAAUCUAAACUCUGUGAUUCUGUAGUAACUUUAACACCCAGAACAAAGGCUUCAUUACUGGAAAAAAUGAAGAAUUUACACCUAGUCUGGGAACUAAGAAGGAGGAAGGGCUUAGUAGACCUUCCUAGAACAUGGCUGAGUACUCUGGCUACAUAUGAAUUCCAUGAAUUCCUCCUAUUGAAAUGCUGCUCCUCCUUCAGAGCCCAGAUUAAAUGACUCCUCUAUGGAGUGUCUUCUGAUGACCUAUCAGGUAUUUGUUUUCUCUUCUGAACUCUUGUGGUACUUUAUAUCACAUCUCUAGCAUCUGACAUAUUCUACUUUGCAUGAUUAUUUCCAUUGUUCUUAUAUUAUAGCCCUAAUUAUAAUCAAUUAGUAAACAUUUAUUAAUUGCCUACUAGGGCCAGGUGGUGCAAUGGAUAGAGUGCUUACAUUCAGAUUUGGCCUAGACACUGUGAUCCUGGGCAGGUCACCUAACCCUGUUUGCCUUGGUUUCCUCAUCUGAAAAAAAAGGAGCUGGAGAAGGAAAUAGCAAACCACUCUAGUAUCCCUGCCAAGAAAAUGUCAGAUGGGGUCUCAGAGUCAGGCAGGACUAAAAUCAGCAAUGACCAGGCAUUAUGCCUAAGCAUUAGGGACAGAAAAAGGCAAAAGACAGUCUUUGCCCUUAAGGGGUUUAUAGUCAAAUAGGAGAGACAAACUGCCAACAUAUAUAUGAAGUAAGCUAUGUACAGGAUAAAAGAAUUAGAAAUGAUUAGAGGAAAGGUUCUUAUAAGUUCUUCAGGGGCUGGGUUUGUGCCUUUUGAUCCAAGAUGCUCUUAGUAAGUGGUCUCAUUUCUUCCCCUUCCCCUGCCAUUUCAGUGUAACCAGCUCACAGAGCAGCCAAGUCUGAUGAGCUGUGCAGCAUGGGAAAACAGUUUGAUGUCAUGGAUGGUGCUUGACUUAGGAGUUAGGAAGUUCUGGAUUCAAACCAUUUACUAGCUAUGUGAUCCUAGGCAAGUCAUUUAACCCAGUCAGUUUUCUCAUAUGUAAAAUGAGGAAUGAAUUCUAAGGUCAGUUCUACCAUUUCUCUAUAGAAAGGAGAGGCUUAUCUUUAUUUUCUUGGUAUGAGGGGCACUGGUACAUAGGAGUCUAAUAAAUGCUUGUUGAUGGACUCCAUACUUGAGAACCAAUGUUGUUGCAGUUAAUCUUGAGUCCAGCUUCCUUUUAGUGUGGCUUUCUUUAUUAUAUUGUGUGUGUUGCACAUAUUCUCUUGGUUUUGCUUUCUUUUCUAUGCAUUAAUUGCUUAUUAAAUGAUUUAAUUCUGAUUAACUCUCCUUCAAGGAGUGUUUUCUCUGGGGCAGUUAAGUGGCUUAGUGGAUAUAAAGUCAGCCCUGCAGGUGAGAGGUUCUGGGUUCAAAUGUGGCCUCAAGACACAUCCUAGCUGUGAUCUUGGACAACUAACUUAACCCCUUCUCUUCUGCCUUAGAACUGAUAUUUAGUUUUGAGUCUAAGACAGAAAGGUUAGGGUUUGGGGUUUCUUGUUUGUUUUUUGAAAAAAGUGUUUUCUUUCUCUAUAGAAGGAAUAUAGCAUAGUGAAUAGAGAGCUGGCCCUGAAACUGAAGACCUAGGUCCUGUCCCAGUUACAAACUGGUUGUAUAACUCUAGACAAAUAAUUUAACCUCUCUGUUUUUAGGCAUCUCUUUAAAACUAAGUUGCAAAGGAGGUGUUGAAUUGGUACAAGGAGUUUCUUUACUAAGGAAUUCCCUAAACCAAUGAAACCCCACAUCCGGUCCCUAUUUAGAGAAGUGUUCUCUUUUCCUAUCAGCUUGCAUAUUUCAUUUCUGAACCUCUUGGAUUUAAUUUCAUGUCACCACACCCACCCCACCCAAAUCCUUAAUGUGAAUGCCUAGAAUGGGAGGCUUUGGGAUUGUGAUUGUAGCUAAGAUAUGAUUGUGCUAUUAUACAUACUAGAUUCAGGCUUCUCAGAGGGUCUUUGGCUUUUCUCUGCCACAUGAACUUAGCCAUUUUUACCAUUUUUAUCUUCUCUUUUGUGUAUGUUCUUUGGCCCAACCUUAAUGGCUCAGAAUGGAAGACUAUGGGAGGAAGGAUGCACAAAGCUUUAGAUGAUCCCUGCUAUUGCUUAUGAGUCUUGCUUCUUUGCCAUGGAAACACUUCCAACAAUAUAUUUAUGGAGAGGAAUUUUCUGGUUGGUUAGGAAUGUGUCAUUUGUGUUGGUUAGCACUGGCUACCUAGGGUCACAAGGGUCAUGUAUAUUUUCCAUCAACCAGCAUUAAGAUGAAGCUCCUUAAGCUCAAGGAGGAAAUAGAUAGUAAGACCAUACUAGAGUGGAUCUUAACCUUCCCCUCUCAGAACUAGAUAAAUUGAAUCAAAAUAUAAAUAAGAAAGAAGUAAGGGAAGUAAAUGAAAUGCUAGAAAAAUUAGAGUUAAUAGCUAUCUGGAGAAAACUGAACAGGGAUAAAAAGGAAUAUAUCUUCUUCUCAGUAGUAUAUAGUACUACUGAGUACAUAUACAAAGAUUGACCAUGUACUAGGGCAUAGAAAUAUUGAAAACAAAUGCAGAAAUAUUAAAUGCCAUUCUUUAAGAUCAUAAUGUGAUAAAAAUUAUAAUUAACAAGGGUCCAUGGGAAGGCAAAUUUAAAGUUAAUUGGAAAUUAAAUAAUUGAAUCCUUCAAAACAGGUAAGUCAAAGAAGAAAUCAUAGAAACAAUUGUAGACUUCAUGAAAGAGAAUGACAAUGAGGAGAUAUCAUAUCAAAACCUAUGGGAUACAGCCAAAGCAAUACUUAGGGAAAAAUUUAUAGCACUGAGUGCUUAUACCAACAAAAUAGAGAGGGUGGAGAUCAAUGAAUUGGGUUUGCAACUUAAAAAUUUAGAAAAAUAACAAAUUAAAAAUCCCUAGAUAAAAACUAAAUUGUAAAUCCUAAAAAUUAAAGGAACUAAUAAAUAAGAGUAGGAGCUGGUACUUUGAAAAACCAAAUAAAUUAGAUAAAGUAUUAGUCAAUCUAAUAAAAAAAAGAAAGAAAAAAAUUAAUAGUAUCAAAGAUGAAAGGGGCAAUCUCACCUCUAAUGAAGAGGAAAUUAAGGCAAUUAUUAAGAACUACUUUGCUCAGUUAUAUGGCAAUCUAGGUGAAAUGUGUGAAUAUUUACAAAAUUUCAAAUUGCCUAGAUGAACAAAAGAGGAAACAGAAUUCUUAAACAGUCCCAUCUCAGAAAAAGAAACCUAACAAGCCAUCAAGGAAUUUCCUAAGAAAAAAUCCCCAGGGCCAGAUGGAUUCACAAGUGAAUUCUAUUAAACAUUCAAAGAACAACUAAUCCCAAUACCAUAUAAACUAUUUGACAGAAUAAGCAAAGUAGGAGUUCUACCAAAUUCCUUUUAUGACACAAAUAUGGUACUGAUUCCAGAGCCAGGCAAGUCAAAAACAGAAAGAAAAACACAAACCAAUCUCCUUAAUGAACAUAGAUGCAAAAAUCUUAAAUAAAAUACUAGCAAAAAGGCUCCAGCAAGUGAUCCCAACCAUUAUUCAUUAUGAUUAGGUGGGAUUUAUACUGGAAAUUCAAGGAUGGUUUAAUAUUAGGAAAACCAUCCAUAUAAUUGACCAUAUCAGCAAGCAAACCAACAAAAAUCACGAUUAUCUCAAUAGAUGCAGAAAAAGCCUUUGACAAAAUACAACACCCAUUCCUAUUGAAAACAUUAGAAAGUAUAGGAAUAGAAGGGUCAUUCCUCAAAAUAAUAAACAUUAUAUAUUUAAAACCAUCAGCAAGUAUCAUCUGCAAUAGGGACAAGUUAGCAGCCUUCCCAAUAAGAUCAGGAAUGCCCAUUAUCACUUCUUUUAUUCAUAUGUUGUAGUAAAAACCCUAGCAGUAGCAAUUAGAGAAGAAAAAGAAAUCGAAGGGAUUAAAGUAGGCAGUGAGGAGACUAAAAUAUCACUCUUUGCAGAUGAUAUGAUGGUCUACUUAAAGAAUCCUAGAAAAUCAACUAAAAGGCUAGUGGAAAUAAUUAACAACUUUAGUAAAGUUGCAGUGUACAAAAUAAACUCACACAAAUCAUUAGUAUUUCUAUAUAUUUCCAAAAAAACUCAGUAGCAGAAAGAGAAAUUCUAUUUAAAAUCACUCUAGACAAUAUAUAAUUUUUAGGAAUCUGUCUGCCAAGACAAAGAAAUUUAUAUGAACACAACUACAAAAUACUUUUCACAUAAUUGAAACUAGAUCUAAACAAUUGGAAAAACAUUAAUUGCUCAUGGGUAGGAUGAGCUAAUAUGAUGAAAAUGACAAUCCUACCCAAACUGAUUUACUUAUUCGGUGCCAUACCUAUCAAACUACCAAAAAACUUUUUUAUAGACUUAGAAAAAAUUAUUACAAAGUUCAUCUGGAAGAACAAAGGAACUAAUGAAAAAAAAUGCAAAGGAUGGGGACCUAGCAGUACCAGAUCUUAAGCUGUACUCUAAAGCAUCAAAACAAUAUGGUACUGGCUAAGAGACAGAAGGGUGAAUCAGUGUAAUAGACUAGGGGUAAAUGACCUCAGGGAGACAGAUAAACCCAAAGAUCCCAACUUUGGGGACAACUCACUAUUUGACAAAAAUUGCUGGGAAAAUUGAAAAACAAUAUGGAGAAAAUUAGGUUUAGAUCAACAUCUUACACCAAGAUAAAUUCAAAAUGGGUAAAUGGCUUAAAUAUCAAGAGUGGAAAUCAUAAAUUAGGUGAACACAGAUUAGCAUACCUGUCAGAUCUGUGGGAAAGGAAGGGAUAUAAGACCAAGCAAGAGACAGAGAACAUUGCAAAAUGUAAAAUGAAUGAUUUGAUUAUAUAAAAUUUUAAAAGCUUUUGUACAAACAAGGCUAGGCUCCUUAGGAACUUGGCCUGAGAAGGAAGGUUAUGGUCUAGCUGCUGGUUUUUUGUUUUGUUUUGUUGUGAUUGCUAAAUACUAGUGCCAACAAAUUCACAAUUCAAUCCACUGUGAUGUAUAAUCCCAAAAACAGCUAAGGAAAACAGUCUAAAAGAGGGAUUACUACUGAUUUGUAUAUGUGAUCUUAUACUUUCAUACUUUUCCAUUUGUGGAAAGAAAGGAAGGGUGUAUGCUUUGUUUAUUAAAUGAGUACCAAUGUUAUCCAAUGUGUUUGAUCUGAAUUUUUUUAAAAAUUUUAUUUAAUUAGUCAAUUUAGAAUAUUUUUCCUUGGUUACAAGUCAUGUUCUUUCCCUCCCUUCCCCCCUACCCCCUCCCAUAGCCGAUAUGCAAUUCCACUGGGUUUUACUUGAUCUGAGUUUUGUGGCUGUUUAAAGUUGUCUUCGUUUAUGUAGUUGGAAUCAUUGUGUAGAACAUUCUUUAUGUUCUUCUUUGUUCAUUCUGUAUCACAACAUGCAAGUCUUUCCACAUUUCUUUGAAUUUUUCAUAUUUCUUUGAAUGACUUCAUAUUUGUCAUCUUGUAUAGCACAGUAAUAUUCCAUUAUAUUCACAGAUACACACAAUUUGAGAGUUGGAAGAGUCUUUAUUGAUCAUCUAGUCUAGGCCAAUAUGUCACAGGAAUCCUCUAUUAUGUCAUAUCUGAGAAGUUGUCAUCUUUUCUUUGGAGCCCUCCACAAAGAGGGAACCCACCCACCUUCCAAGGCAGCUCAUUAAUUCAACUUUUGGUCCACUCUUAUCAUUAGCAAGUUUUUUUUUUUACUGAUAUCAAGACUAAUUUCCUCUUUACAAUGCCUUCCAACUGCCCUAGGUUUUAUCCUGGGAGUAGGGGUGGGGUGUGAGGGCGUAUCCACCCAGCACUCAGGUUCUUACCUGUGGCUCCAAGAAGCUGUAGUAUUUACAACUGCCACACCCAUCUCCUCAGAUGGGUUUAAACCAGAUGGAGUAUAAUCUAUGGGCUACAAACUCAUCAGUGAGUCAGGGGGGUGUCUACACCAGGCAUGUGAAGAUUUCCCCCAGAGGAAUGAGUGGAUGACAAUUUGUUUCAAUAUCCAUGAAGGCCACUGAAGAAGGUGCAAUGGAACAUUUAGAGUUUGGUCAGACAUCAGAGAUGCCAAGGAUGCCCACUGUAUCCCAGGCCAUCACUAAUCAUCCUAUCUUUUGUCUUGCCACUGUAGACUUUUGAUGACUGGAAGGAAGAGCGAGGCUAACAACUUUUAUGCAACUCAGCUUCACUUAAAUCCAAUUCAUGCACAAGUCGACAUCAUCCCACGAGGUCAUUGGUCCUUUUUAAAAAUGAAGGAAGAACAAACAAUAACCUGCUGGGAUCAGAGCCUAAUCUUCCUCCUGUAUGACAGCCCUUCAGAUACCUACAGAUGACAUUUCCAAUUCUUCUCCUGGCUAAUCAGUCCUAGUGCCUCAAUGGAUAACAUCCAUUUCUACAAUUUGUUUAGCCAUUCCCUGGUAGUUGUUCAUUGUUCAUUUCCAGAUAGUGUUUGUUGAGCACAUGCCAUUAAUCUCUGCUAUUAGGGAGACCACGGAUGGUGAAUCAUUUGAGCCUGGGUAGUAAGGCUGAAGUCCAUUAGGUGUCUCCACUAAGUCUGGCACCGAUAUGGUAAGCUCCUUGGGGGAGGAAGAUACCAGCCUGCCUAAGAGGGAUAAAUAAACUGGCCCAGGAAAUGAAAUAGGUCAAAACUACCCUGCUGAUCAGCAGUAGCAUUGGACCUAUGAUUAGCCAAUGCAUUUUCAGCACCAAAAAAAAAAAGGAAAAAAGAAAAAUUGCUGGGUACCAUUAUGAAUAUUUUUGUCCUGCAUUCUUGCAGCAAAAAAACUUAGAAAAGUAACUUCAGAGGAAACUAGGUGGCUUAGUGGAUAGAGAGUUAGGAGGCCUGAAGACAAGUCCUGGAUACAAAUUGGCCUCUGACACAUCUUAGCUUUAUGAUCCUGCACAAGUUACAUCCUAAUUGCCUAGCCCUUAGUGCUCUUCUGCCUUAGAACUGAUAUUGAUUCUCUGACAGAAGAUAAAGGUUUAAAGAAAAGAAAAUUAACCCUAUAGGGAUAUCGUGGUUUAACGUGUAUGACCAAUUUUGUAAGUCUUGUUAUAACUACUCUUUUUGGAAGAGGCCAAAAUAGCAGAUGUGCACUGAUAACUGCUUGGUUUCACUUUUAUUUAAUUCACUCCUAAGGAGUAGAUUAAAGGAGAGAAACUAAAUGAAUGUGAGGAACUUAACUGCUUUAUCCUGAGCAGUAGCCAGGCUGGUGAAUAAUAAUUAUAAUUAACAUAUGGUUAGUGCCUUAAAGUUUGGAGAGUAUUUUGUAUCCAUUAUUAUUUCAUUUGUGCCUUCUUGUACCCUAGUAAGGUAGGUGCUAUCACUAUUCUAAUGAUGACUAGAUUGUAGCAAAGGGAAAUGAAGGAACUUGUCCAUUGUCACAUGAGUAAGGGUGAGAGGUGGGAUCUAAACCCAGAUUUUCCUUCUUUCAAGGCUAGAGCACGUCUUGAGAACUAAAUCAAAAUUUAUUCAUUGUUUUUCAGUCAUGCCAGAUUCUUUGUAACCCCAUUUGGGAUUUUCUCAGCAGAUAUACUAGAGUGGUUUGUCAUUUCCUUUUCCAACUCAUUUGACAGAUAGGGAAACUGAGGCAAAUAGGGUUACAUGACUUGUCCAGGAUCACAUAACUAAUAAGUUUCUGAGGCUGGAUUUGAAUUCAGAAAGACAAAUCUUCCUGUCUUCAAGUUUGGCACUAUAUCCACUGCCACCUAGCUGCCCACUUCAUUCAUUUAUAAACAUUAUAUGUGCCUGAGUACCUUGGUUGAUACAUUUAGCUCCCAAAUUGAACAUCAGAUAUUGACGAGUUUCACUAAAUCACAUUGCUCCAGUUUUUCUUUCCUGGUUCCUUAGGAGGUCGGAAAGCAAGAAAUAAUAAGUUUAGAGUUCAUGGAUUUGCUCUCUAAGCCUACUUUUAUAAUAAAAACAAUAAUAGCCAACAUUUACAUAGUGCUAAGAGGUUUGUAAAGAACUUGACAAAUAUCUUAUUUAGUUUUCACAAAAACCUUGGGAAGUGGGUACUAUUAUUUUACCUUUUAGAGAUGGAGGAAACUGAGGUUAAAUUACUUGCCUAGGGUAAUACACCUAGUGUGAGGGAGGAUUUGAACCUAAGUCUUCCUAACUUCAGGCUGUAUGGUCUACUUUUCCUCAUCCAUAAAACUGGUUUAACUAGUAUACUUGCUGUCACUGUCAUCUUUAAUAUCUGACCAAGCUCUUAAGCACUCUAUGGUGCCUGCUUCAGCUGCCUUCAUAACCAUUGGAACAAAUUGUUCUCAUAUACCCAUUCCACUGUGGAAGUCUUCACAUGUCUGUAGUAGACUUCCCCUUAACUUAUUGAUGUGUUUGAAGCCCGUUGGAAACUUUCAACCUGGUUUAGUCCAAGCUGGGUGUGGAUACUACAGAUUCUUGGAGGCACAGGUUAGAGUUGAAUGGCCAGUGGACACCUAAAGUAGAUUGAGUAUCUCUGAAAAGGACCCAGCCAGGCCUCACAUCAGAAGUGCUAGUACUCCCUGAAACCCCCAAACACCCCAAUGAAAAGGAUGGCUUUCCUGAAACAUCAUUCUAUUCCUCUAGGUGAACUGAGCGUCUUUUUCCUUGAGUGGAGUAUGAAGACCAGAGGCUCUUAGAUUCCAGAGAUGACUUGGCUGCACUGAUGCCCAUUUUUUCUAGCCAUGACCCCAAACACCAGUUCAUUAGACUAUGAGCUUUUUGAGAUCAAGGACUGACUUUUUGCCUUUCUUUGUAUUCCAUAAUGUUUAGCAUAGUACCUGGGACAUAGUAGAUAUUUAAUAAAUGUUUAUUGAUUGACUUCCUUUCCUCUUCUAGAAAGCAUGUAAAGUCCCAAUCAUACACUGAACACCUGCAGGUUGACACUCAGUGGAAAUAAUAUCUACCUUUGGAUCAAGAGUAGGUGCUGCAAAGACUUGGAAUCUGACUUCACAAGCAUCUAAAGCAUUUCCAGGGAAGAGGUUUCAGGUGGAGAUAAUCUCUCCACACCUGCUUACCUCAUCAAAGAGGUCAGGUUUAUAGAAUCCUAGGAUAGUAGGGCUGGAAGGACCUUGGAGAUAAAUUUAUAGAUGACAGUAUUCACAUGACAAUUCCAGAGAGGUAAUUUUACCCAAAUGAAAUAGAAUUGAGCAUUCUAACACCAAGACCAAUGACACAAUGAAAAAGCAUUACCCUGGAUUGAACUGGAUGAUGGCUGGGUUCAUCCUCUACCUGUGUGCAUCCCCAGGACCUCCAAAAGCUGCUUUCUCCUUUCCUUCAUUUGAAUGCUGCAGGAAGCUGGGUGAAGGUUACAUAGGCAGGGAUGUUUCUUUCCUAUAGGACUCUCCAGGUUAUAAAGGAGAGAAAAUGAGGUGAGGGAAAACUGGCCAAGUUUAUCUUAUCAAGUGUCAUUUUCUACCUCCUAUUCUACUAGCAAAUCCUUAGUCCUACUCCCAACCCCUUGGGAAUUGACUGGCUUGGCCAAAGGGAAGGAAGGAAACAAACAUUUAUUAAACACUGGGGCUUUACAAAUAUUGACUCACUUAUCCUCCCAACCAUUAUUACCCCCAUUUUAUAGUUGAGAAAAAGGAGGCAAGCAGAGGUUAAAUGACUUGCCUAGGAUAACACAGACAUUAAGUGUCUGAGACAGUAUUAGAACUCAGGUUAGGUCUUCCAGAUUCCAAGUCCAGUGCUUAUAUGCAUCUUGCCCCUACCAGUACUGCCCCUUUGGCUCCCCAGCAAUCUCUAUAGGUAUGGGUUUCCAUUACUUCCUUUUCUUCCAGGUUCAAAUCCCAAAUUUGGUGAGCUAUCCCAAUGCCAAAAGCAAAAAGGGGAACCCGAGAGUAAAAAGUGGAGGGUCUUUACUAAUGAUCUAAUACAGCCUCUUCCUCCCUUCAGCGGGGAGGGGGGGUGCAGGAAAGAGGGAAGAAAUUUAGCCAAGGUCACACUAGUGGCAGAGUCGACGCACCAGUACCCAGGUCUCCAAGUUUGGAGUCCAGCCGUCCCUUCUGUCUUCCAUGGCCUCCUUGGGCAUGCAUGCAGUGUGCUUGGAGUUAAAAGACGGUGGAGAAACUGGGGGUGUGGAGAGAGGCUGGUCUAGUUUCUUCAAUUACACCCAGACCACUUUAGGAAGGAAAACCCGUAUGACUUCUACUUUUUUUCGGCACGGGUCCUUGAAGGUGGGUUCCGGGAAAAUUUCUAGUAAAAUCAAGUCUCCCUUCCCUCACUUUCCAGGCACUAGGCUCUAGUUGUGCCAAGUCAGAAAGUGGAGGAUAUAAUGCUCUGCUAAUGAAGUGCGGGGGUGGGGAGGGGGAAGAAGCCAGCCUGACACCACAUCCAGAAACAGAACAAUUUCUUUAGGGAAGAGACACUCCUUUCCCUCUUCCCUCCCCUCGGUGUUUGUUUCUGCCGCCCUCCUCUCCCCCAACCCCCCACAUUUCCCAGGCUGGGACACUUUCCUGUCAGGCUGAUGGGUUUCCAAAAAUUUCGUCAGCAUCUCCUCCUGACCUUGGGGUUUGCAGGGAAAGCAAUGCAUAGGCCAGCUGGAUCCUUGCGGAUCAAACGGUGGCCGACCUGGAGGAAAGGGGAGCAGAUCGAAGUCCUGAGUGUAGCUGAGGUAUGCUGGAAAUCCCCACUUCGGUGGGGAGGCUGGUGGUUUUUAAAAACGCCUUUCCCUGCCUUAUUUGGUCACAGGAAGUGGGCGGGGAUCGGCCUGCUCCGGGAGGGCGAGAUCAUAAGACUGUAGUGCUGAUGAAGUGGAAGAGCUGGUUUCAGUUCGCCGUAGUGCAUGUGUGUGAGGCUGGAGGGUGUCCCUGGGCUGUGCUGUGGAGGGUUUGGGUUGUGCAAUCCUUCCUAAGCGCCAGAGAAGAAGUCCUCCCCUGCUGUUGCAUGCUCCCCCCGCUCCCCCCGCCUCUUUUUUUUUUUUUUCAAGCUGUGAGCUCAACCGAUGAGUCAGAGCCAUGCAAUCCUGACACUGCAUCGCAGGGCUGGGGGUGACACAGAGGGAGAGAGCGAGGGAGAAAACACGGGCUCUGUGCGAACCAGGUACUUAGAGCAGGACUGAGCCCUUGCACGGCGGACCGAAGGUGACGGGACGCCAAGGGAUUUGCAAGCAAACUUCUCACUCCCUCCGAGGACCCGUGGAGAGAGGGCCCAUCAGCCAGGAAGGAGGGGGUGGGUGGGCAGAGAGCGUCGGUUUGUUUUUAAAUUUGGGGAGGUGCGUGCAAGCUGGUGGUUCCCCGGGAGAUCGAAAUCGGUCCACUGCAGCAGGAAGGGAAGCCGAUGCCGGAGCUUGUCGGCCCGUUCCCGCUCCUCGGAGCUGGCACAGGGCACUGAGAUGUUUGGCACCAUGAAUUGGGGGAGGAUAAAAGAGGUGAAGCACCAGGUUUGAGCGGAACCUGAAGGAACCUUGAGCAACUGACCAAGUCUACCUGGGUCCUCCUCCUUUCUCCUGUUCCCCCCUUUUCUUCCUUUGGCAACUGGAAAUUACCAUUCAUCAACCACUGAGGGGGGGCCCACGCUCCAAGGGGCUUUUCCCUGGGGGAUGGGCAGCUGGUGAGUGGGUAUCUCUUGGCCCUGGCAUAGCAAACCACACGAUGAACCUCCAGGCCCAAUCCAAGGCCCAGAACAAAAGGAAACGGGUUCCAUUUUUCAGUGACCCAGAAACAGCCACAAAGGAGCAGCAGCAGCUGAAGGAGGGGCAGUAUUAUGGUCAUGGUGGGCCGGGUAGCAGUGUCCCUACCUCCCAGCCCACCGAGCUACCCCCUCACAACACCCUGUCUCUACUGAAUUCAGUGGUUUACAGAACAGAGCGGGGCAACCCUCCCAUGCUCUCUCAACCGGUGGCAGCUGUCAAGUGGCCAAACUCAGUGAUGGGCCGGGUGCCUGACCGGGGUGGGGAUGCAAGCUGGCAGCAGCAGCCCCAGCCUUCUCACCCGUUGUGGAACCACGCACUUUCUAUAUAUGGUGGCCAAAAAGGGGCUCCUCACCCUGGGGUUGCGGUCUCGGGCUUCUAUGGUCACCCUGAAUCCUUGAAACGAAGCCAGGAGAAGGGGAUCCUGUCGAUGGAUCCCUACAACGAUGCCAUACAGCAGAUGAUGACCCAGAAGGCACAGAUGGAGCUGGGGAGAUCCCAGGCUCCAGUGAACUCCUUCCAUACACCCAAGAAGCCUCCGGGCCAAUUGCCCCUGCAGCCUUUCCAGCUGGCGUUUGGGAACCAGGUGAACCGCCAUGUUUUCCGACAGCCCCCGCCUGGUACCAACCCUGCCCCUUAUCCCCCUCAACAGAAACAGCAGGCCCUUCCCCAGAUGCAGCUUUUUGAGAAUUUCUAUCCCCAGCAGCAGCCUCCACCACCCCACUCCCAGCAGCCCCAGGACUUCAGCCUUCAGGCAGCUGGCCCCAUGGGUCAGGCUCACCUUGGGGCCCAUCACGCUAUGGUGCCCUGCCCCUUCCCCCCCAACCCUGAGAUGAACCCAGAGCUCCUGAAGGCCCUCAUGCAGGACCAGCCUACACAACCUGUGCUACCUCAGGCCCAGAUCUCCUUUCCACGACGCUCCCGACGGCUCUCCAAGGAAGGGAUCCUACCGCCCUCAUCAUCCGCAGCUGCCCUGGAUGGACCUGCUCCCCAGCCCCGGGAAGAGAUAUCCAGCAACCUUUUCUUGCAUCACUGGUCACAGCAGCAGCACCUGCCGCAGGCGAAUCUGGGGCAGCCCCAUCCCGAGGCCCUGGGUCACGAGAAGAGCAGCCACCUCAUGCCCCAGGCAGAGCAAGGUGGGGGAGCGCUCGGGGGGCAGCAGCACCUCCCGGAAGGGGAGAGACUGGCUCAGAAUGGCCGGGAGCGUGAGGCCCCUGAAGGCAGUGAUGCCUGGGGAACCAAUGACUUUGGGGUGGUUCGAGGAGGGGUGAUCCAGAGCACGAGACGGCGGCGGCGGGCCUCCCAGGAGGCUAAUUUGCUAACAUUGGCUCAGAAAGCUGUGGAACUGGCCUCGCUCCAGAAUUCAAUGGAUGGUGAAGGCCUAGAGGAGAGGAGGAAGACAGUGGUAGCCUCUGCAGCCAAGAGUGUGGUAGAAUUUGCAGGGCCCUCAACACCAUCCAAACGGGCCAGAGAAGACAGUGGCAUGGUUCCUCUCAUCAUCCCUGUGUCAGUCCCUGUGUGCAGGGUAGAUCUACCAGAGGUGGCCCAGCUAGGAUAUUCAGAUGAUGAAGGAAAAGUCCCUUUGGCCUCCGGACCUGAUCGGAGCCCCACAGAACACAAACCCUCAGUGAUCGUCACCCGAAGGAGAUCCAACCGGAAUCCCUUGACUGAUGUGCCAACCCAGGUUGAAGAUGCAGAUCCCAAGGGGGAUGGUGAGGGCCUAGUCCGGAAACCCAAACAGAGGCCUCGGCCUGAGCCCUUGAUCAUCCCCACCAAGGCCGGCACUUUCAUCGCCCCUCCGGUCUACUCUAAUAUUACUCCCUACCAGAGUCACCUCCGCUCACCUGUUCGCCUGGCCGACCACCCCUCUGACAGGAACUUUGAACUGCCCCCCUACACGCCCCCGCCGAUCCUCAGCCCUGUGCGCGAAGGCUCUGGCCUCUACUUCAAUGCCAUCAUGUCAGCCACUGGCCUGGUCGCCCCUCCCCCCAUUACACCAAAGAGUGCCCACCGCACCCUGCUCCGAUCCAAUAGUGCUGAAGUCACUCCACCUGUUCUUUCUGUGAUGGGAGAAGUUACACCUGUCAGCAUCGAGCCUCGAAUCAACGUUGGAACUAGGUUCCAAGCAGAAAUUCCCCCAAUCCGGGACAGGGCCCUGGCAGCUGUUGAUGAACAUAAAGCAGACCUGGUCUGGCAACCAUGGGGAAACCUGGAUGCUAGCAGAGAAACUCAAGGGCAAGUGGAAGACCUUCUGACCGCUGCCUGCUCUAGUAUCUUUCCUGGCGCUGGAACCAACCAGGAGCUGGCCUUGCAUUGCCUUCAUGAAGCCAAGGGUGACAUCUUGGCUACCCUGACCAAACUGUUGCUCAAGAAGCCACUUCGACCUCCUGAUCACCCACUGGCAAAUUAUCACUAUACAGGGUCUGACCAGUGGAAAGUAUCUGAAAAAAAGCUUUUCAAUAAGGGCAUUGCCAUCUACAAGAAGGACUUCUUCCUGGUGCAGAAGUUGAUUCAGACCAAAACAGUGGCCCAGUGUGUGGAGUUCUACUACACCUACAAGAAGCAGGUGAAAAUUGGGCGAAACGGGACCCUGACCUUCGGGGAUAUCGAUGCCACUGAUGAGAAACUGGGGCAGGAGGAAGUGGAAGUGGACAUUAAGAGUUCCCAGAGGUUGACAAGGGUCCAGCCUCCUAGAAGGGAGGCCCCAAGUGAAGAAUGUGCAUCAGCCAAGAAGGAGGCCAAGAAGGAGAAUGGGGAGGAAGAUGGGAAACAGGAGGAGCAAGAAGAAGUUCGAGAGAGGAGCCGGAGGGCAGCAGCCGUCAAAGCUGCCCAGACCAUACAAGCCAAUGAAGCGCUCAACGACGUCCUCAUCCUGAGGAGCCACGAGUCCAGUGCUCCUGGGGUGGCCAGCAGCCGAGCCACAGAGAAGCCCAAGGAGAGCUCUGGGAAGUCCCGAAGAUCUGGGCCCAAUACAGAGAAGAAGACCACAGAGACCUUAAGUAAAAGCCAGAACCAGGACAGCACGUUCCCUUGUAAAAAAUGCGGCAGGGUGUUCUUCAAAGUCAAGAGCCGCAGCGCCCACAUGAAGAGCCACGCGGAGCAGGAGAAGAAGGCGGCGGCGCUGAAGCAGAAGGAGAAGGAAGCCGCCGCCGCUGCCGCCGCAGCCACCCGCCUCCAGACCCGACGGGAGCCCAGCAGCAGUAGCAGCGGUGGCGGUGGCGGAGGGGGUGGCAGCAGCAGUGGGAGCUCAGAUGAAGAUGGGGAGGCGUAGGGAGCAGGGACUCAGCUGGGAAAGCGGUGAGGCUGGUUCUCCCUCACUCUCCCUGGGCUGGGCGAUUUCCCUCUCCGCUCCUUCACCGGCCUCGUGGCUGUUGCUGCCUGGCUCGAUGGACACUCGGGGGAGUGAGAAGGGAAAGGGUGAAGACUUUAAAAAACAAAACAAAGCAAAGCAGAAGACAAGCUUUUAUUUAAUUUAUAAAGGCCCUGGGAACAGUGUUACCUGGAGCAAGACCCGGUUCCCCUCCCAGGGAGUCUGUCAGGCUUUGUCCCUGUGCUUUUCCAGAAUGGUUAGGGCUAAUCUCUCAUACUCCUGGCGUCAUCGACCCUCCCUCUCCACCAAGCCACAAGGCUGUUGGUUGCUGCUGCUACUUCUUCUGCUUUUUUGGACACCAAACUCUUGUUGCACAAUUGCCCCUUUCCCUUAGCUUUCCAUUCCUCCCGAGUCACCUGGAAGUUAUUUUAGAGGGUGAAAACUCAAGCUAUACCCAAGUUUGCAAGAUUUCUCCUUGUCCUCCCGGAUGCAGCCUACCAGAAACUGAGCAACAUUGCUCCAAGAGGCACUUGGUGUCUCUCUUCCGCUGCCUUGUGUGGGCAGAAUGUGUGGCCUCUUCCAGGAGAGGAACCUUUGGGCCUCUCCUCGAAUCUGCCACCUAGAACUAGAGCGGUCAAGCUCCCAGCCAAGGGCAGUGAGGAGUAGCAAGCACACUGAUGCCCAAACCAAAGCUUCUCUAGUGACCUAUUCCCAGCAUCCCUUCCUUCCCCUGGGGGGAGGCUGCCAGGGAUGCAUUGUGUGCCCGGGCAGAUGGGAGAAGAGUGAAAGGAAGAAAGGGCAGGGACUCGGAUAUUUUUUCCCCAUUAUCUUUUUCAGGGUCUUAGCUUUCUUGCUUCCUGGCAAUUUUGCCUAGAGCUGAGAUGAAUUUCUCAACCCAUUGGAGAUCUAAAGCAAAUGCAGUGGCAGCUGUCUCUGCUAAUAGACCUUCCUGGGGAAAGAGAGCUAGCGAGAGGGCCUGCCCUGCCAUGGGGGAAGGACUGGUGAGAAGGCAGCCCCCUGGUUUUUGCUAAACUGGACUCGUCCGCUUUGCCAAACGCCUUCCAAAAAGUUCCUAGCUACUGUGAAAGAGGGCUUCAAGACCAGCUCAAAUGUCACUCAGGACCUAGCUCCUCCUUGUGAUUAAACUCCAUAAUCCCCGGGGGAUGCCUGAGCUGAGCCUUUGACUUUCCUGCUGAUGGUCCCCUCUAGACCCACCCCCACCCCAUACCCAAACCCUUGAAUUGCCGAAACAACCCGAGGGUUUCAUGCUCUUUGUCCUGGCCUCAUACCGGCUACUGUUGUAUGGGAGGCCCAGACUCCCCUGAUUUCUUCAGAUUUGGGGAUCCUUUCCUGCCAGGGCAGUCACUAAACUAGAUGGAAAAGAAGGGUGGUGUGCUGGGAAUUAUUUAUUUUUCAUAUUUAAUUUUUCACAUCUGCUCAGGGAGCAAGGGCCUCUUGCUUUCCAGAGGCCCAAUUUGUUUAUCCAAAAGUAAGAUACCUACCUGCCCUCAGAGGGAAAUGACACCAAGGACCUGUGCCAUAGGACCACCUCUCUGGAAGUGGCCCCUGACAGUGGAGGAAAUGAGGUUUCCCCAGAUCCAUCACAGUUCACCUGCUCAAAGCAAGGAGAGAGCCCAUCAGAAAGUACUUCUGUGUUUGCAAAAGAAUUUUUUAAAAAAAUGAACAAAAGUAGGGGCUGCGCUCUCAGUUUUCUUGUCUCUAUUUUCAGAUAGGUUAAGAGCAGUGGUCGUGGGAAGUCCAUUCAGCUCCAGCUGAAUUUGGGUUUAAGUGGCCCAAGGAUUCUGUUCCCAAAAAAAACUACUGUUAGCAUGAUAGAGGUGUUCUAGAAUUGAUGGGAUGGAAACUUGGAAAGGGGAGAAGAUUCUGAACACAGCCUGUGGGGUUCAGAAGAGCCUGUCUGAUUCUAAGGAUGGAGUAUUUUCUGGUCACAUACGUGAACUGAGAUCCAGAGGAAGUAGCCAAGAACUAUCCUUCCCAGUGAGGGACACCCCGUCCCACCAGGCUAGUGAUUUGGGGGAGGGUUUGCUUGUAACCUGUAUACUCUUGGCUAUUCUUCAGUAUCACUUGUACAUGAAUAUGGAUCUCCAGGCUGCCACAGGGGGAUGUAACCAAAUCCUUCUGCCUAGCCUUCUAGAGAACGACUUGGAUUUCCCAACUCCUUGCCCACUGAUCAGUUUUCCUCCAUUAGCUUGUGCGAAUUCAGUGUCCUAAGAUUGCAUAAAAUCUGGUACUUGCUCAAGAAGCAGUAAGUUAAACUCAAUAUUGAGUGCCUUCUCAGCUAGCCCCGAAGUGCUACUUAUAUGUCCCAAGAUUUUUCUAUUUAGAAAUUCCUUUAGUUUUAGUUCUUGUUUAGACACCCAAAAGCUGCUCUUGUAACAGAGAUCUUCAGCCAGAGGAGACUCUUCUAUUUCCUCAGAGAGUGGAAGGAUCACCUCUCUUGGAAUUCUUUGAAUAAUAAAAUGAUUCUUUUCCCUUCUCUCCCAUCCUCAUCUCCAACCCCAAUUUCCAGCUAGCAGGGACCUUCCUAGAUUAGGGUAGGCAAGAAAGAUAAGGCAGUUAUCUUUGUUAAUUUGGGGAGAGAAAAGUGAUCUAGAGUUAAGUAUGAAAAAUUCAUAUCUUUAAGGAAUUAAAGGCAAUCAUGGCCAGUAAAAUCCCUUUAAAAGAGAUUCCAUAAACUAAGCUAAAGUAAAACAAAUCCUCCUAUGGUGCUGUUCUCUCACUAUCCCUGAUAGGUUCGAUUGCAUUUUUCUUUGCUUGACCUAAUCAGAAAGUCCAUUGCUUUGGGAAAUUGGAUCAUCAGUAUCUCUAGCUGUAAAGAUUUCUGCUUCCUCCCUACUCCCUAUCCUUCUGGGUCCAUUUGUAAUAGCUCCAUCCCCACUCACCUGAGGACAUGAAACCAUUCAGAAUCUAGACAGGGAUGGGGAAACCUGUUGUCUGAAGGCCUUUUUUAACUGUCUGUGCCAUACAACCUGCCUGGGAUGUGAUUUGGGUUUAGUGUGGAUCCAGCAUAUGCCACCUGCCUGUUGAUAUUUCCUUGGAGUGAUUUGUCCUUUUAAAGGAAAGGGGCUCCCCACCUCUGAUCUGGACCUAGAACUUGGUCUUGUAAUUCUACAUGAGGGGAGCAGUGUGGUGCCAUUUUAUUUUCCUUUUUUACUGCCUUCAAUCUCCAUCUGUGGUUAAAAAACAUUCCCUCUUCUUCUGCCAUCCACAUACCUCCCAUUGUACCAAAUGGAGUUGAGCCAGUGGUACAGGGCUUUUAUAUGCUGCUUGGGUCAAAAGGGAUUGUCUGCAUUCAACUGCCUCCAUGAUACCGCUUCUCUCUCAUAACAUAUGCUAGGAUUUUUGUAUGGAGAAUCUGAUGCAUAUUCGAGUCUCAGCCGUUUCAUCAUUCUCUGGGGCGUCCUCCUGGCCCAACUCUGGGUUUUUACAGAGAAUAUGCAUGUCCCUAGAGGAUCUUCUCCCUUCCCAUCAUCUGUUGUGUUGAUGUCGCUAACAUUGAUUUGCAGCUGUUUCAAUCGUUGCUUGUUUCAGUCUGUAAGUUGGAGGUCUUUUGGGAGGGGAUAGAGCACAGGAACAGUCAGUCUGUAAUUAUUGUAUAAAUGCUUUAAUAGCAUAUAAAUAAGUAUAUUACUUUUAUUUUGAAAAAUGAUCAGACACUGCCUUUUGUGUGUUUGCUGCCUGUGGCAACCUUUUUAAAGACUGUUACAUAUUAAAAUAGUGUACAUAUAUAUUAUAUUAUAUAUAUUAUUUACCUCUUUUGCUGUACAGUUGUGAUAGACCAGACUGAAGAUUUUAUUUUUUGUGUGCUUUUUAUAAAAAAAUUAAUACACUAAAGAAAAUCUUGCUGAUGUGAUUGUAAUGUACCCAUGUAACUUAUUUACUUUUGAAUGUCUUUCCGUAUCUCUAAACCUUUUAUUAAAUAAGGUUUUAAAAAUUCA